AUGGCCGUUCCCGCACGAAUUUUAAGCCGAUACCUGAGCGAAAGUGGUAUAAAAGCCGGCCAAAGUGUACGUUUCAAUAGCUACGAAUCGACGAGAUGGAACCUGAAAAUGAACGCAAAUACCAAAGUGAUAUGUCAAGGUUUCACUGGUAAACAGGGAACGUUCCACAGCAAGCAAGCCAUCGAGUAUGGUACUAAAAUGGUCGGCGGCGUCUCGCCUGGGAAAGGCGGUAAAACUCAUCUCGAUCUGCCCAUUUUUAACACGGUGAAGGAAGCCCGAGAGGCGACCGGUGCCGACGCAACCGUUAUUUACGUGCCGCCACCCGGAGCCGCCGCGGCUAUUCACGAAGCGAUCGACGCCGAAGUACCUUUAAUUGUGUGCAUCACCGAAGGGAUCCCUCAGCAUGAUAUGGUGAGAGUCAAACACAAGCUGCUGAGGCAGAAUAAAUCUCGUCUGGUUGGGCCGAAUUGUCCAGGCAUCAUUGCACCUGAACAAUGCAAGAUCGGCAUUAUGCCAGGACACAUUCAUCAGAAAGGAGUUAUUGGUGUGGUGUCCAGAUCAGGCACCCUGACUUACGAGGCCGUUCACCAAACGACGCAAGUGGGCCUGGGCCAAACUCUAUGUGUAGGUAUUGGUGGAGAUCCAUUCAACGGAACAGAUUUCAUUGACUGCCUGGAAGUGUUUUUAAAAGACCCGGAAACCAAGGGCAUCAUCCUCAUCGGUGAGAUUGGGGGCGUAGCCGAGGAACAAGCCGCCGAUUACCUAAUUCAGAACAACUCGGGCCCCAAUGCCAAACCGGUGGUGUCAUUUAUUGCCGGGUUGUCGGCUCCGCCUGGACGCAGAAUGGGUCACGCCGGAGCCAUCAUAUCCGGCGGAAAGGGGGGCGCCAUGGAUAAAAUCAAGGCGUUGGAGAAAGCGGGGGCCAUAGUAACGCGAUCGCCCGCCCAGAUGGGCGUCGAGUUGCUUAAGGAGAUGCGACGCCUAAAUUUAGUCUAAGUUCGUUCACUGUCGUUAUGUAUAUUUAUUAGGAAAGAGUCGCUUAAGCGUAAAACUAUAUCGCGGGUUUAACAUUGUUGUUGCCUAUGUAUGUGGAGAGAAAUAAAAAUUCGAUUUGUUUUAUUAAAUGGGAUGAAUGCGUUUAUGUUAUGCAGUAGGCAGUGACGUCAUUCACCGCGGAUACGUUUACUGUGCGAACUGCCGAAAGACUGUGCCUAACUAACCAAACCGUUGGUCGUCGAAAUUCAGGUUAUGUCCCGAUAAAUAGCAAAUGUAUUUAAAUGGUAAUUUAAUGUGAGAUUAUUUUCUAUGUU